AUGCCUGCGGGCAGGGCUCCUCAGCCGGCCUACGUCGAAGACUUCGAUGAGGAUGUGCAUAGCAUCGUACCCGAUAGUCGGCACUCAGCCAAUACUACGGCCAACACGGCUGUCAAAAUCUCCUCCAGGUUGGAUCAAAGAUUCCCAGCGGAGCCGCUGAUCGACGGCGCCAGUGACUCAGGGUAUUCUAGUCGUACCGCCGCCACAGCCACCAGCACCCAAUCUGGCCCGUCGGGCGGGAGAAGUCCCCCAGUUCCUAUUAAGCUGGACAUGCCCAAGCAACGCACCGAAAUAGUCAGAAAAAACUCCCGCCGUGAACGCAAGGACAAGGACCGAGAACGCGUUCGACCAGAGCACGUCGAGAAGCAGAUGGGUACCCAUCCCCACCAUCAUGCUCACGUGCAACGGUCGUCGUCUAAACCUCGUCGUCGUGACUCUGCCCACAUUCAACAAUAUCAUCCACCCGACGUAUACUACGAACGAUCCGGUUACUAUCACCAACAACAACCCUCCACCCCCGUCGAACGUCCCCCGAUGGACUAUUCUUACCACUUCUCCCGGCCACCGGUGCCUGACUACCCGCCGGCGUCACCGCAGACAGCCCGUUAUCCAUACGCUAUUGAAGAAUUUCACCGUCCAGUCAGUCGACCUGCCCGGUCGAACUCGUACCGUGGCGGCAUGUAUCAUCAGGAGCGUCCCAUGAGUAUGCAUGGUGGAAUGAUGGGACCGCCACCGCCACCGGCACCCCUGUACCAUCACCAAGCAUCGUACUAUGAGCAUGGUCCUCCACCAGCAUCGUCGGCGUACGUAAGCCAUCCAUAUGCUUCGUCGCCGUAUGGUGGUUCUUACUAUGGCGGUUCCGAAUAUGGUCCACCUUCGGACUACCCGCGGGAAAGAUCUCACUCUCGAACUCGGGAACGAUCUGUACAAUCUCGGGCACGUCGCCCGUCUUCCCUUUAUGGGCAACCCCCCAUGGAUCACAGUGUUUUCCCAGAGUGGGUGGAUGAGACCGAGCAACUUGACUGGGCGCCUGAAGAAUAUCCUCGAGAAGUGCCUCGUGAUAUUCCCCGUGAGGUGCGUCGCGAAUACCGUCGUGAAAGGGAAGUUCCGCAAGAGUACCAUCGUGAGAGAGAAGUCCCUCCUCGUGAAUAUCACCGUGAUGUUCACCACGAUGCACCUCGCGGGCGUGCCCCCAAGCCGCCUCGUGAUCAUGAUGAGGACUACUACAAGAUGCCACCACCGCCUCCACCAGUACCUCAGAAGCAAAAGGCCCAGGUCCACCAAAUGAGAAAACCCGAACGACCCGAACUACACCGCAAGGCCCAUACCACCCAAGCCGUUCUGCCUCAACGCCGGCAAUCCCGUACCUCCAUGGAUAUGAGUGAGAUGGCUGCCGCGUUGCCUGACUACGGUCGGCGUGUGUCUCGCGAGACCCGGAUGCCCGAGCGCAGUCACAGCCUUCAUGAAAGCAAGCGAUCAACCACAUACCGUGACAGUGCUCGCGGUGCCCAGAUUGCUGUCGAAAACUCCCGCCGUCGUCGUCAGAAAGAGUAUCAUCACUACGACGACUACGACGACGAUGAUGACGUCGGCAGUACCGGCACAGCAGGCGGUCUGGAAGAUCGUGAACGCGAAAUCGAACGCUACCAAGCCCAACAGUCCGGUCGGACGAAUACCAUGCCCGCCUCCGCCGAAGCCCUUCUCACCAAGGGUGCCGUCGGUGCAGGUAGUGACAACGGUAGUCAAAAGAGCCGAUCAACCGGCAGCCGGGGUAGCGGUAGCGGCAAUGGAGAGAGCAAGAAUAUGAACCUUUUGGUAAACGGAUUGACCAUCGGUUUCACCGAAGAGUCCGUCGCCGGCAAGAACAUCAAAAUUAUGGCUGGAGAUACCGGCCGUGUGCAAUUGUCUAUUGCUGGCGAGCGGAAACCCAAGCAGUACAUCAUGAGUGGGUCUUCGUAUUCCGAUCAAACUCAUCAGACAGGUCGUUCUGCUCGUCGAGAGUUGGAAGCACGUCGAGAAUUGGAAGCCCGUCGAGAAUUGGAAGCCCGUCGAGAGUUGGAAGAAGCGCCGCAACGGCGCCCGCGUGAGGAUCUUCGUUCCGGUGCGAGCCGUCGCUCAAGUCAAUCGACUUAUGGCGGUACUCGUCGGCAUGCGAGGUAA